AUGCCUUCUGAGUUUGUUGAAGACGUUCAAAAACCUGAACACGUCGUCCAAGUGACUGAUAGCUUAACCAAAAAGUUAUCUGAUAAUUCUCUUGAAUUCUCAGACAAUCAAAUUGAUGAUUACCUUGCCAAGUUCUUGGAUAUCUCAAACAAUGCUCAAGGUAAUGAACACUCUGAAAAAGUGAUGUCUUUGAAAGAAGGUUUGAAAACUUUCCCAAAAGCUGCAGCUUGGUCUUUUGUUUUAUCAAGUUCAAUUAUCAUGGAAGGUUAUGAUACCAAUUUAUUGAAUUCUUUCUAUGCUUUCCCAGCCUUCAACAAGAAAUAUGGUGAAUAUUAUGAGCAUCUUGGUGAAUGGCAAAUUCCAGCUAAAUGGCAAACUUCAUUAUCCAUGGCUGUCAAUGUUGGUGAAAUUGUUGGUUUAUUUGCAGCUGGUAUUAUUGCUGACAGAGUUGGUUACAGAAAAACUUUGAUUUCAGCUUUGACAAUUGUUGCUGCCUUCAUUUUCAUUGUGUUCUUCUCUAUUAAUGUUGAAAUGUUAUUAGCAGGUGAAAUCUUGUUAGGUCUUGGUUGGGGUAUGUUGCAAACUUUGGUUGUUACUUAUGCAACUGAUGUUUGUCCUUUGGUUUUAAGAGUUUACUUGACAACUUAUGUUAAUGCUUGUUGGGUUAUUGGUCAAUUGAUUUCUUCUGGUAUCUUACGUGGUGUUUUAGAAUCCACAGAUCCUCAUGCCUACCGUAUUCCUUUUGCUAUUCAAUGGGUUUGGCCUGUUCCUAUCAUGAUUGGUAUCUAUUUAGCUCCUGAAUCUCCAUGGUGGUUAACAAGAAAGGGUAAAGCAGCCGAAGCAAAAAAGAACAUCAAAAGAUUAUUGUCUGUUAAUGAACACACUCCUGAUAUUGAUGUUUUAGCCGAUGCCAUGUUCAACAAAAUGCAAUUGACCAUCAAAGAAGAAGAGCAAAUCACCGCCGGUGUUACUUAUGCUGAUUGUUUCAGAGGUGGUAACUUUAGAAGAACAAGAAUUGCAGCUAUGAUUUGGUUAUUCCAAAAUAUCACUGGUUCAGCAUUUAUGGGUUAUUCAACUUAUUUCUAUAAACAAGCUGGUUUAGCUGAAUCAAUGUCUUUCACCUUCUCCAUUAUUCAAUAUGUCUUGGGUUUGAUUGGUACCUUAGGUUCUUGGUUCUUGUCACAAAAAGUGGGCCGUUUCACUAUCUUCUUUGGUGGUUUAGUUGCUCAAUGUAUUGUUUUGAUCAUCACCGGUGCAUUAGGUUUUGCAAAUUCAACUGGUGCUUCUUGGGCCAUUGGUUCCUUAUUAUUGAUUUUUACCUUCAUCUAUGAUUUAACAGUUGGUCCAAUCACUUAUUGUGCAGUUGCAGAAAUCCCAUCUGUCAGACUAAGACAAAAAACUGUCAUUAUUGCAAGAAAUGUUUACAACAUUGCUGGUAUUGUUAUUGCAGUUAUCACCCCAUACAUGUUAAACCCAACUGCUUGGAAUUGGAAAGCUAAAACUGGUUUAUUCUGGGCUGGUUUUGCAUUAAUUGCUUGUAUUUGGACUUGGUUUGAAUUCCCAGAAACAAAAGGUAGAACAUAUGCCGAAUUGGACACUUUAUUCCGUGAUGGUGUUUCUGCAAGAAAGUUCAAAUAUACUGAAGUUCAAUCUUUCAACACCCAAGAAAUGAUUGAAAAAUUAGGUGAAGAUGGUAUCAAAGAUAUUGUUGAAGCUGAUCAAGUUGAAAAGGCUGUUAAAGUCUAAAUUAAUGAGGUUAACGAUUCCGACGUUCAAUUUAACAGAUGUUUCUUGAGUUUAAUUGACAGUUUAUUUUUUAUUUUUAAUUUUUAACAAACUGCUAGAUGCAGUCUAUUUUAUAGUUCAAGUUCCUUAAUAAAAUUAUUUGCAAUGUGAAAACUUCGGUAGAAUGAACUUUAAAAGCUUUAGUGUUUCCAUCCACUAAAUGAAGAUAGUCUCAAAUCACCAAACAAAAAACCCUAUCCAAAUAACAAAGCUAAGCACACGGGUGCCAUAGAAGUAGAAGCUGGGAUCAUGAUAGAGAUCAACAUUUUAUCCUAGCAUAACCGCCCACAAACUUGUUCAAAAAAGGCCCUAUUAUCAACGCCUAACGCUCAAUUCAAAACGCUGAGUUCACAUCUGGUUGACCAAGUCCCAAAAUACGCCAGCUUGAACAAUAGCCUUUCGCCUAUUUCAAAUUAAUGAGUUGCAUAUGGCCAAUG